CUCCUCUCUUAUAAAUACAAGGGCAGAACUGGGAUGCCAGAGAGUCAGCGAGCUGAGAGCCAGGACUCCUCAGACCAGCUCUGCCUUCUACGGGGAAGAUGAAGAUCUUCAUAGCUGCCCUCUCCUUCUUCCUUCUUGCUACUGCCCUUGGGUCCCAGAUCCAGGACCUUCAUGAAUCCAUGGUGGCGAAACAACAGCGUGAACCCUUAAUACAGCUGGAAGGCUUUCACCGUCCCGCUGACUGCUGCCCCAAUCUCUCCCCACGAAAAAUCCGAUGUGAAAACAUGCAAGAUUUUUUCAAAACAAGCAGUGGGUGCUCCCGGCCAGGUAUCAUCUUCCGUACCAAGAAGGGGCGGCUUGUCUGUGCUAACCCCUAUGAUUUGGAAGUUCAGAACUGCAUGAGGUCCCUGCUGAUGUCAGGAAAAGAAGCCUUGCUUGAAGAGAGGAGAUACUAGGUGUCAGUCACCCCACCUCCACUUCUCUUGUCUCAACUACCUCCUGAGAUUUUCUUGGCCUGAAUUAUCUUUCAUCCAAGUACUAACCGGGCCCGACCCUGCUUAGCUUCCGAGAUCAGACGAGAUCGGGCACAUUCAGGGUGAUAUGGCCGUAGACCUGAAUUAUCUUUCAAAAAGUAACAAUUACUGUUCUUUCUGUUCUGGUUAUAAAAGCAAUGCAUUAAUAAAGAGUAUCUGAUAUAACUUUCCUUAAACUUUAAGAGGAAAAAGACACUAUACGUAUUGCUGAAAUUUGGAUUCUGUGGGGUUUUUUUCUAAAUGAAACUGAAUUUUUUAAAAGCUAAAAACAUUCAAACUCAUUCAAACAUAGACUGAAAUGUACUUAACCCAUUUAACAAGGGAACCAUAAAACUGAAUCAAAGAUCACCUGAGGAACAGAGAUUUACAUAGUUAAUUGAGGAUGGCAUUCUGAAAUGUUAAGUAAGAGAAAAAUAGAUUAGUAUCCUAUAGGAAAUAAAACUGUAAUUCUGGGGAUUAUCUUUUUUUUUUUCUUAUUUUGUUCUUAUUUUUUUCUCUUUUUUUUUGGUGGGAAGGGCAGAAGGAGAGGGAGAGAAUCUUAAGCAGACUUCAGGCCCAGUACAGAGCCUAACAUGAGGCUGUUUCAUGACCCUGAGAUCCUGACCUGAGUUGAAAUCAAUAGUCAAACGCUUGAUCAACUGAGCCACACUGGGGCCCUGAGGAUUAUCUUUUUUACUGGACAAAAGUCAUUUAUAUCUAUGUCAGAUAAAAAUUUGCAAGUUAACAUAAUUUCACAAAGUCAGGGGCCCCUCAGUAGUAAGUAGAACACCACUGAAGAGGACAUUCCCAGGAACCCUGGGGUGGGCAUUUUGGACAAUCUUCCAAAUAAUACCAGAGGAUCUCCCUGUAAUCAUCCUUCUGCCUUAUUUCUACAUUUUGGAUGUUUUCUCUCAACAGAUAUAACUUCCUCUUAUGAAAGUUAAAGGGUUUUAAGAAAAACAUUUAAAGUUGGACUGAAUAUGGGUGGUGAGAUUGAGCCCUGCAUGCGGCUCCAUGCUCAGCGGGGAGUGUGCUUAAGUUUCUCCCUCUCCUCCUCCCCUUCCCCUACUGAGUAUGUCCAUGUGCUCUCUUUCUUUCAUUCUCUCUCUCUCAAAUAAAUAAAUAUUUAAAAUAAAGUUGGAGUGAUUAUCAAUUUUA